AUGUGUAACUGUUUUGGAAUACAGAAUAAAGGUGCUGAAGAUGCUGAACUCCUUUGUCAGCCCCAUCACUGCUUCAGAAGUUGUAUAGUAGUAGCGGUUGAUGUGACUGUGCUGCUACCCCACCUUCCAAACUCACAAUGAAGUUGCAUGCUGGUUCCACCUAGGGUAAGAGCUAAACUUCUCACCUGACAACAUCGUAAGGAGACACUCCAGUCUAUCUGAGGACCAGGAUUGGUGUUUGGAAAGGCCUCUGUGGCCUUAUUUGCAUGUAACCUCCAGCAGGAAGGUUGGCACCUCUAUGAUUGGUCUGUACAUGAAGGUCAGGAGGUCAGAAAGUGUGGUAAUUCAGAAUGGGAAAGAACCUUGCCUGAGAAUCUUGGAGAGUCACUUCUGACAGUUGCUAAAGUUACUACUGAGCAGUGUUCUAAACUCCAAUAGUAAUGGGUGCAUUCUGAGAAUGUUAUUAUUGCGAGCAUUUUUCUGAACUCUUGUCGCAGUACCCUGCGCCAAAGAUUUCCAUUCAAAUUGCCACGGCUGGCGCUGGGAGCGUAGCAGGAGAAAUUCCUCCCCGCCAACCCUACGUGAAGGUGAUCACUGAAGCAGGACCUCAUAGACAGCCGCGUCUCAGCUGCUUCCUGCCCGCCUGGUCUGUAAGGAGAGGGUAAGGUGGGGGGUGGAUGAGCUGUGAGGCUGCAACCCACCCCCUGCCAGACCCUAAGCCACUGUGGAUGCUGCCGAGGUGCCGUUUGGAGCUGUUGCCCUGUUGGCGCUGCAAAUGCGGAGCUGCUUGUAGCUCCAAACAACACUGUGAACCCAACAAUACUCUCACUCCAUGAGGCAGCAGCAGGAGUGAUCCUGCCCCCUCCUCCCCCUCCCUCAACAUGGCUGGGCGGGGAAGCUGCUUAAGAAGUUGGAGCAGUAGAAUGAGCAGCUCUGCAUUUGCAGCCUCGAGCAUCCCUCUGUCCCCCGCCGCUGCCAGGAGCAUCCUUAGAUGUGCCUCUUUUGGUGCUGCAUCAGCCGGGGGAUCUGCCGGGCACCGCAGCACAAAUGCGAUUAGAAAUUGUGUUUCAGUGCCCCACGACCCAGGUUCCAGGCUCUAUGUAGCUCCUUGCUUUUCUUUCCCAGUUUCGAACAGUGCUACUGAUCUAGAUGGUCUGACUCAGUAUAAGGCAGGCUCCCAUAUUCCUAUGAUUGCAUACUUCCAUACCAUGUUGGUGAACCUCAAAAUCAGGAGAAGAUGAAGAGUUUGAUAGAUGAAAUAUCACAGUUCACACAGCUUCAAGUCAGCCGUACUAUUGCAAGAUGAAGCGUUUUCACUAUACUUUUAUAUGUCACUGUACUGAGCCAGUGGUGGAAGUAGGCUUGUCAUCCAUUUUUAGUGGCACAGUCACUUCGGGAGAACCAGGAGAGGAGUGGAAUUGAGUGACUGGAGACUAGCUGAAGCUAAAGGGUGCAAAUUGAAUUAAAAGCCUCUUCUGCUGGUCAAAUGGAUUAGCUCUGUUUUCUCAGCUUCCUUUGAAGUCUGAUCAUUUUUGUUCUGCUUUAUAUUCAAAUAGCCAUUUUGAAAUCGGGUCCCCAAAGUAAUUUGUGUUUAGCCUGGUAUAGAUAAUACUUUGUCAGCGAUUUUUAUCAAAGCAUCAUCAGUGCAUUAAGCUUUAACUUCUUUGUUCUUCCAGCAUUUUGCCAAAUCCCUCUUUGCUGCAACUAAGUUUGAUUAACUCUAAUAGCCAAGUUAUGCCUCUUCUUAUAUCCUGCAUCCCCACUUAAGAUCAAAUCUGAUAAUAAAUAUCCAUUUACUCACCCCCACCAUUUAUGAGUUGUUCACUGAUAGCGUGUCCUCAAUACUAAAUUAUUUUGAGGUUCUGGCAUCACCACCUACCACAAUUCUGUGGAGGGCCUGCCACUUUUGGGAUUUUGAGAGUGCUAUCAUUGCCAACAUGCCCCUCCCUGCCUUUUCUAUAGAGUUUGUAUCUAGAGAUAACCAGAGGUGUCCCACCAGUCACACGGGGUAAGGCAGCUGCCUCAAGGAGCACCCAAGAGAAGCGGCACUGAGUAGGACAAGGAAGCCACUGACCCACUGGUUUUUUCCAUGCUUUCCUUCAAAACCAGGCACUGAAUCUCACCCAUUGUGGCUCACAACAUCUCUCUUGAGAGGCAUCUGAUCCAUGUAUUUUCUUCUGUCAAGAGUUGGAUACCUCAGCUGGGAGAGCAUGAGACUCUUAAUCUCAGGGCCAUGGGUUCAAGUUCCACAUUGGGCAAAAGAUUCCUGCAUUGUGGGGGAUUGGACUAGAUGGGGUUCAGGAUCCCUUCCAACUUCUACAAUUCUAUGAUUCUAUGUUUCUGUCAGGUCUCCCUGCAUUUUCAUUGACUCAUUCUUCCUUGCCCUUGACUCUUUGGGGUGAUUCAUUGUGAACCAGAAGCUGUUCAGCUUCUGUCAACUUUUCCCCAAGGGUAGGUUUCAAAGCUGCUCUGCCGCAGCCUCACUGCUAUUUAAAACUAAACAGAACUACAAAAUGGCACAGCAGGCGUGACCAGGUGAGCAGAUGGCUGUCAGUCUUAAACAUCAGUAUGGUGUCAUGAGGAACUGAGCAGCUGAUCAGACUUUGGUACUAGUUAUCGUAAGCAGGAGGAAAGAAACUGAUUUGCUUUUGCACACAAGAAACAGCAAAGGAAACUCACAGACGAAAAGAACUACCAGAGUCCAGGCAACAUGUAUGUUCACUUGCUUUUACAGACUCAUUGCCUUUGCUUGCCAUUAUCACUGUGAUUGAAGGCUUCUGUGUGGGAUGAUGUAGAUUAAGACUGCUGGAGGCUUUCAUGGAAACACUGCUAAAAUGUGUCUUUUAAUACAGUUUGGACAACCAGUAUAUUUUCAAUCUGUCAGUUUGACUGCUCUCUUCCUUCCAUCUUCCCUGUAACCUUUUAAUGACCUGUACAGGUUCUUCCAGGUACCUAAUUCAAACAAGUGAGUUAUGGAUUAAACACAAGUGACAAAGUGAAAUUUCAUUCAGAGCUGAUUAUUUGACUCCGUUUUUAUUUUUACAGCUAAAAUUCUGGGUUUUAUUUGUUUCAUUUUCCAUUCUACUCUGCACUAUUUGGUAGGAAUGCUUACUUAUUGGCCCCUGCCAUCACCAUCACCACCAACAUCAUCAGUAUCAUGACUAUUAUUAUUAUUAUUAGUUUCCAUACUGCCUUUCCCAUGGGAGUCUAAACACACACACACACACACACACACACACAAUGGUAGUUACUGAAAUUUAAAUUGACAUUCAUGCCUCAAAAGCCUGGAUGAGCAGAUUUGUCUUCAGUUUCUGUCUAAAUGUCAUCCACAUGGGAGACAGAUGCAACUCCCUGGGGAGAGAGUUCCACAACUCAUAAAUUCUCUCCUUUUGUUCCAGACAUGCUAAACAGAGACCAGGUCCUUGUGACCCUCCAAAUAUUGUUGGACUCAUCAGCUACAACCAGCAUGGCCAAUGGUUAGAGAUGAGGGGACGUCAAGGAUAAUGGGAGUUGUUGUCCAACAACAUCUCUAGAGGGCCGCAGCUCCCACACACGAGGAACUAACAUAAUACAAGACAUUAGAAAAAGUAAACUAACAGAACUUCUCAAGGCUCUGAUAAAAUUAUCUGACUUAAUGUUGCUGUCAAAAUUAGCCUUGGGUCAUUGUAGUCUGAGAAAGAUUUAUUAGACUGUGUUAAAUCACCACACAAGGCCACCAUUAGUGGAGACACAGUAAAGCAGUACCUUCCACAACCAUAGGUCCCCUAGAAGGCUAUAAUUCAAAUGUGAUUAUACUUUGGCUGAAGAAAAAGCAAUGGAAUCCUCAAAUUGGUACUAAAUCAAAAGAACAGGGAUGCUUUAAAAUUUAUUCUUUAAAAAAAAAAUCAUUACAAUAUAUUGCCUAAACUUUUUUUUUUUAAAAAAUGUUGGCGUUAACAUAUUACUUACUAGUCCAUUUUCAAUAUAUUACAGCUAUUUGAUGGGAUGCAAUGCUUAAAAGGGUACUUUGCAUCUCAAAGUUUGAGUGCCUGGCCUAAUACGGGGUCUAAUUAGCUGAAAGGAGUGAAGCAUACUUUUAACUCUGGAAAUUUAAACACAUGUAUUCUAAAGAGAAACAAAUCAGAUUACUGCAUCUGUGGUAGCAGCCUGGAAGUUUUAUGAGCUCUGUGUGAGGUCAGUGAGAAAGGGGUCUGAAUAAUGUAGAGUACAAACUGCUGCAGGAGCUAUCCCAGGGCCCAUUCCUCUGUCUUGCACAUGCAGGUUAUACAAAUAAAAGAGCCUUCUGAUUGAGAAGUGCUCACUCCUACACAUGGAUGACGUAGAAAUUAAAUUUGUAUGCACAUUUAAGGGCACAUACCUAAUUUGCCAUUUCUGAACACAGCCACAUUUUGAAAUUUGCAUUUCUUUGAAUUUUGCAACACAAUUCUCCAACCAGGUAAUGUGUACAAAAAUGCAAAUAAUAAGGUAAAGUGUGCAUAAAAGUGAGAACAUUACUAAAAAUUGUAUUAGAGGAAGUGACUUUGCAAAAAUAUGUAUAUUAGGCAAAACUGCACUGUGUACAUGAUGAUGAGGACAUAAAAAAUAAUAAUGCAAACUGAUGCGAAAUCUGGAUAACUGAACUUAAGGGCAGAAAAAUGAAAAAGUUAGAGAAAGCAAAGUUGACAGAUUUGCUCACCACUGCACACUUACAUGCAAAUAUAUAGGUGUGCAAACUGUCCUGCAUAUAUCAGAUUUUUCAUUCUGUGUCGUCCCCCCCCCCCCCGAGAGGUAGAAGAAAGUAUGGAAGGGAACCGUACAGCUAUAAGACAGAUGGAGUAAUAAAACAUAAUUAUUGACAUUGUUGUUCUCUGUGUGAGCAGAUAUGUAUUCUAGUCAUAAUAUGAAUAAUUUAUUCUUCUAUUUGAAUUUCUGAUGAACAAAAGCUGAAUACUGCCUUCCAAACAAAUGCUUUAUUCAGCUGCAAUCCUUCCUCGCUUACUGCCUCUGCAACAUACAAACAAAUUUAACUUCUUGUGUGGUACUGGAAAUAAUUGGUAAAAGUGGUUUUAAGUCAACACAUGCCAUUUUUCUUUACAUUUCCUCCUUUUGUUAAAGUCAGUAUGUGUACUACCGGAGGAGUAGUUAUAAUGUAUAAUGGAAUCUGAUGGACUGCAGUUUCCAAAGUGGACUCUUGUUCUGAUCUGGCUGGUGCAGAUCAGGUGAGUCUGCUCUGGAGUUGGAGUUCAUAAGAAUCCACUCCUACUCCACAUCCCACCACUCUGUUAGACACACUAAUAGCAGUACAUAGCCCAGAGCACUAUGGAAGGUGAAACCCUUGCAGGGGCUCUUCCUAUUCUGUCACUUGGACUGUGUGAUGGGAGGGAAGAGGUAGGGGAAGCCCCCCCCCUCUGCCUUUUCUGGUUGUGUAAGUGUCACACCUGUAAAACAUGUUCAGAGCACAUUCCCUCUCCUCAAGUAAUUCAGGGAACUGCAGUUUGUUAAGAAUUCUCAGAACUGUAGCUUUGUGAAGGGUAAACUAGAGUUCCCAGGACUCUUUUGAGGAGAAAGGGAUAUGCUUUUAAUAUGUUUUAAAGGCAUGGUGUGUUCACAGCCUCUGUUGUUCCUCCUCCUGCUGCAACCGCACCAAAAGAAGGGAAGAGAUGGUUAGGGUUAAGAGGUUGGGUGUGUGUGAAGGCAACAGAGACAGAGCAGUGCACAAGCCUUCCAAGAUUUUCAGGUUGGUUCCAGGCAUGUUUCCAUGAUUUCUACCCAUGAGGGAUUGGAUGGUGAUGGAAAAAUCUUAAACCAAUCUUUGGAAGAUGCAGUCAUCUCUAGUUCUUAUGUAGCACAAGUGAUAAUGAAUAGUUAAUGGGAGUUAAUGGGGAUAAUGUGCACUGCAGUGCAGCAAUGACAAGAGGGCAACAGGUUUCCCAUCCCAUCAGUGGAUGAUGAAAUCAUGGCAUUGAACUCGAUAAAGUAAUGUUUGUAGGCUGCAUCAAAAUGGACUAAUAAAAGGCCUAGUAGCUUCAAGGGAACAUUUGCAUGUCACUUAUUAGUCAGAUCUCUAUAAAUUAAAACCCAUUAUGCUUAAUGUUAUUCUGCAAUCACUCUGGAAACUACUAAUCUUGACCUCUUUUCAUUUCAGCUGCCGUUUGGCUAUUUCUAGGUCAAGCUGCCCCAGGGAUCUUAAGAAGAACCAAAGUCAAAGCAAAGCUGUCAGACACAAAUGAACAAUUGCUGGCAAGAUAG